CCACAUAUUAUAAAGGCCCAUAUUUUGAGCCCACUACGGGAACGACACGGAAGCAGUGGAUAUCCUUCAAGUCAAGCGAGAGAUCGGUGACGGUGUUAUCUUGCCGCCGGAGCCGGAGUUAACCGGAGUUUGUCAGUGUAAUCCAAAGUUUUGUUCUUCGUUGCGGUUUUGUCGUUCGCUCAACUUGUGCGUUUGCAGAGCCAGGACUUUGAAGUUAUACCGUUUUCGCAAUCCGGUCUUCGCUGUCUCCGAUUUCUACUAGAGAGUGGCUCGCAGGAAAGAUGAACAAGCUGCUGGAAUAUGGGAGAAAAGCUAUGUUCUAUGUGAGAGUACUCUCUGGGUAUGAAGAAAGGAGAAUUCGGAAUUAUAGGUUGCAACUCGAAAAGCGUAUCCAGCAGGCUCAACAAAGGAAAGCAGAGAUAAACAGACUCCCAGAGAAGAUUAUAUUAUCUGAAGUCCGCCGUAUGGUUGACGAGAUGCGGAAUUUGAAUAAGCAGAUUGAGAAUACGGAGUCUCAGAUUGAAGACUACUUCAAACCGAUAGACAAGCAAGCUGGUACCAUAAUGGAGGUUCAGCUCGAAUCAGAAAAGAAAACGAUGGGGACAAUGAUGACUGCAACACAAGAGGAAACUAUAAGAAAGAUUGAAGAAGCUGAGAGACUCGCUCGGGCACGUGGAGAUGCAAAUGCUACUGUAGAGGCAAACACGGGAGCGAAGAUCCAGGAUUCGGAAUCCUCAGCCACUGAAAAACCUCAAGCAAGGUAAAAGACAGAUGUUGUAGUAUUAUUCAUCAUGUGGACACAGAAUAGAUUCAUAGUCCUCUGUCUGAACAAGUCCAAGGCUUCAGAUUCUCUUAGUUGAUCAAGCUGAAAUAGUAGCCUUACAUUUUGUUGGGUUUUAAUAAUUUGGAAUUUGGUUCUCUGAAUAGAAAACAAAGACCGAGAUUGUAGUCUGUCCAAGGUAUUUUUUUCCAAAAAGUGCGACGUACUUUUCUUGGAAGGCAAAAUUUA